ACCCUAAAAUUUCCCCACCGAAAGCCCAAGCCAAGCCACACAGGCGCGGCGCCUGCCUCACCUUCCCUCGCCCCGGUCGAUCGAUCGAAGCCGACGAAGCAGCGGGAAAACGAGUCUUCCCCCCUCAAAAGCGAGCGGAGGAAGGAAACCAUCGACCGUUUGCCGCGCCCCGAUUUGAACCCUCGCCGCCUCGCCUCGCCUCGCGGCCGUGGAGGCGGAGCGAAACCCUAGGGAGGCGAUGGCUGCCUCGGUGGAGGCGGCGGCGGCGGCGGUGGUGGCCCCGCCCGCCUCCGUGGGCGGUGACGAGGUCGUCGUCGGCGGCGGCGGCGGCGGGGCGUCGGAGCAGGCCAGGACGCUCAUCGGCGCGCUCAACCUGCUCUCCCGCAACCUCCCGCUGCCGCCCGCCGUCCUGCACGCCGUCUCGUCCAUCUACCACGGCGGCGACGCGUGGGAGGGGGAAGGGGAGGAGGGGGGUGAAGAGGAGGUGGCGGCGGCGGCGGCGGCUGUCGGGGAUGGAUGCGGCGAGAGCGGGGAGGGGGAGGAGGACCGCGCGGAUGCUUCUCCCGGUGCGGAUGAGGGAGUCACCUUGAUUCAAGAGCUUGAAGAUGCUGUAUUGAAGAAUCAAGGACCGUAUAUGUCAUACUCAGAGUUGACUGCUUUAAAAGAAGACCGCUUCAACACUUCCAUUCAGCAUAGGCUGACUGAACUUGAAGGAUUACCAUCUACUAGGGGUGAAGAUUUGCAAAUGAAGUGUUUGCUUGAAUUGUACGGGCUUAAGUUAUUAGACUUGCAGAAGAAAGUAAGGACUGAUAUCAGUGCAGAAUACUGGCUACACAAAAAAUGUGCACACCCUGAUAGGCAAUUGUUUGACUGGGGGAUGAUGCGUAUACGGUAUCCUUUUACCAUGUAUGGAAUUGGAGAUAGUUUUUCAAUGGAUGCUGAUGAUAUCAACCGCAAAAAGAGAUUCUCAGAGAGGAUCUCAAGACUUGAAGAGGAGGAAAAGAACCAGGCAGAGAUCAGGAAGAGGAAAUUUUUUUCAGAAAUUCUUAAUGCUGCUAGGGAGUAUCAGCUACAAGUACCGGCUUCUUACAAACGAAAAAAACAGCGCAAUGAUGGAGUUCUGGCAUGGCAUGUUCGUGCACGUCAACGUAUAAAUCGCAUGGAAAAGAGUAGAUUACAAGUUUUGAAGGCUGGUGACCAAGAAGCUUAUUUGCGUAUGGUUGAGGAGAGCAAGAACGAGCGCCUGAAACUGCUCCUUGGAAAAACAAAUGAGCUUCUUGAAGGAAUAGGGAAAGCUGUGCAGAGACAAAAAGAUGCUGAGCAUGUUAGUCGCCCUGAUGGAUCUGAACUGCCAAAAGGGUCAGAAUCUGAUGAUUGUUCUCAAAUAUCAGGCCUCAAGGUUGAAUCCCCUGAUGAAGAGUCCCCAUCAGAUGUUGAUGCAGACCAUCAUAGUUCUGCUGAUCAUAGUAAAUUUAAUGCUGGCCAUAGGCUUGAUUCUACCGUCCACUCUAUUGAAGAGAAGGUAACGGAACAACCAUCAGCUCUUGAAGGUGGGGAGUUAAGACCAUAUCAAUUAGAGGGCCUGCAAUGGAUGCUUUCUUUAUUCAACAAUAAUUUGAAUGGUAUUCUGGCUGAUGAAAUGGGUUUGGGGAAAACAAUUCAGACCAUAGCUUUGAUCGCCUAUCUAUUGGAGAAGAAGGAGGUUACAGGACCACACUUAAUAAUAGCACCAAAGGCCGUGUUACCAAAUUGGUCUAAUGAAUUCAAAACUUGGGCUCCUAGCAUUGGGACAAUUCUGUAUGAUGGUCGUCCAGAUGAUAGGAAGGCUCUAAGGGAAAAGAAUUUUGGACAACGGCAGUUUAAUGUUUUGCUCACGCACUAUGACUUGAUACUGAAAGAUCUGAAGUUCCUGAAGAAGGUUCACUGGCAUUAUCUGAUAGUUGAUGAAGGACAUCGUUUGAAAAACCAUGAAUGUGCGCUUGCUCGCACACUAGUUUCUAGAUAUCAAAUCCGUCGCCGAUUACUUUUGACUGGCACUCCAAUCCAAAAUAGCCUACAAGAGCUGUGGUCUUUGCUGAACUUUAUUCUUCCCAAUAUUUUUAAUUCAUCACAGAAUUUUGAGGAAUGGUUUAAUGCACCAUUUGCAUGUGAAGUCAGCCUUAAUGAUGAGGAACAGCUGCUAAUUAUACAUCGUUUGCAUCAAGUGCUGCGUCCAUUUUUGCUGAGGAGGAAGAAAGAUGAAGUGGAAAAAUAUCUUCCUGUGAAAACACAAGUAAUACUCAAGUGUGACAUGUCUGCUUGGCAAAAAGCAUACUAUGAACAAGUCACUAGCAAUGGAAGGGUUAGUCUAGGAUCUGGACUCAAAUCAAAGGCUUUGCAAAAUCUGUCGAUGCAACUUAGAAAAUGUUGCAAUCAUCCCUAUCUAUUCGUUGAGCAUUAUAACAUGUAUCAACGGCAGGAAAUUGUUAGAUCAUCAGGGAAGUUUGAAUUGCUUGACCGGCUACUUCCAAAAUUGCAGAGAGCUGGUCACAGGGUUCUGCUUUUCUCUCAGAUGACAAAACUGCUUGAUAUCUUAGAAGUAUAUUUGCAAAUGUACCAGUUCAAGUACAUGAGGCUUGAUGGAUCUACGAAGACUGAAGAGCGAGGGAGAUUAUUGGCAGAUUUUAACAAGAAGGACUCAGAAUAUUUCUUGUUUCUUCUCAGCACCCGAGCUGGAGGCCUUGGGUUGAACUUGCAGACUGCAGACACUGUUAUUAUUUUUGACAGUGACUGGAAUCCUCAAAUGGAUCAGCAGGCUGAAGACCGUGCCCACCGUAUUGGACAAAAGAAUGAAGUGCGUGUAUUCGUUCUUGUUAGUGUUGGCUCAAUUGAAGAAGAGAUCUUGGACCGUGCAAAACAGAAGAUGGGUAUUGAUGCAAAAGUUAUCCAGGCUGGGCUGUUCAACACAACCUCCACAGCUCAGGAUAGGCGAGCAUUGCUGCAGGAGAUCCUGAGGAGAGGAACAAGCUCACUGGGAACUGAUAUCCCUAGUGAGCGUGAAAUAAAUCGUUUGGCUGCUCGUAAUGAUGAAGAAUUCUGGUUGUUUGAGAAGAUGGAUGAAGAAAGGCGGCAAAGAGAAAACUACAAACCGAGGCUCAUGGAGGGAAUUGAGGUUCCAGACUGGGUGUUUGCCAAUGAUACUUUAACAGAGAAGAUACCUGCAGAUGAACCCCAGAAUGUUCUGCUAACUACGAAGAGACGCAGGAAAGAGGUUGUCUACUCAGACUCUUUUGGUGAUCAGUGGAUGAAAGCAGAUGAUGUAGUUGAAGAGACUCCAAGGAUGGCUCCAAGAGCAAAGCGGAGCGCUUAUUCGUCUGAUGUACAAGAAGUCGAUUUCAGUGAGAGGAGGAAAAGGCAUAAAUCUCUAGUGAACAUUGCAGAUGAUGCCAGCAUUCCAAUGUGGACACCAGAAAAAGUAAGGGCUGGGGUUUCUUCAUAUAGCAAGGAUGAGAAUGAAGACGAUGCCGAAGAUGAAUCCACCACAAGUGUUUUGCAGGGGGGCAGUUUUACAUGGAAGACCCUUAGAAGGAAAAGGUCAAGCCACUUCUCCAAUUCCUCAGAUUCAAAAGGGCGCUCGGCAUUCUAAUCUUGGGAUUCAGGAAUGUUGUUGCCCUGAUGCAUUUGUUUGAAUCCUCUCCUUUGAGAAAGGAGUGCUCCUGGAUAGAAAUUAACAGGGGGUAUUUAGGGUACAUUUAAGCUUACAAAUUUUAGGAUUAGUGGUAUUGUAUGGAUUUCUUGGUAUUAAAUUGUGUCCAUCAGAACUAAAACAUCGUAGUUGGCUUUCUGGUAUAAAGUAGAUGUACUGUUCGUCUCGCCGUGAUAUAUCCAGUGGCAGAGUGGCUUUCUGGUGUGAAGAAUUAUACUGUUGGUCGUGUUUUGGGAGUGGUGUUUAUUGGUAAUCUAUCGAGCGAUCGGUGUUAAUCUAGCUAGGUUUCUGCAAUGGAUCAUAUCCAUGGUUGUGCGCUCUGUGCGGCCGGAUGAUCGCAUUAAAUAUUCAUCAUUUUUGCGCGAGCAAUUUAUACAUACGAUGAAACCAGGAAAGUUAAAUAAAUUUGGACUAUAAGGUGCUCCCUCUA